AUGACCAUGUGGACAAGCGGGAGCACUUGGCUUGUUGCCUUGGGUCUUAAGGGCCGGGUGCGGGUAGCGUGGGACGGAGUGAACGCCACCUUAGGCGGGCCCAUGCACGCCCUACAAAACCACAUGGCCGCCGUUCGCGCCCACCCCUACCUCCUCCCUCCACAGGCGCCCUCGCCCUUCCAGAAGGGAGAGGAAGGGAUCGACAUGAAGCUGGAGCUGAACGAGGCAGGCGCCCGGAGCGAGGACUGCCGGCGGGAGACGGGCUUCGACAGGCUGCGAGUGAGCCGGUGUCAAGAGGUG